CAUUGAACAAAAGAAAGGUCAAUGUCAAUCUGACCUUUUGGGAUGGACCAAUCCGCUUGGAGACUUAGAUUUCAUCUAGAACCCCCGUGGCCGAUUGCGCAGUUAGAAAUUCACUGGGAGCUCGAGCAGGGUGCCGAAAAAGCGCAAACUUCUAGAGAGGACCAUCGUGAACCUCUUUCUCAAUGGGCAAGCUGACGGUCGAGGCUUCUGGAAAGACAAGCCCAGAAGACCCGCCUCCUCAUCCUUUGGAGCCACUCCCAACUAAGCCUGGUCUCCAGACUAACAUCGUGGUACCAGAGGCGGUCCCCGGGCAUCCACGAGCUCACCCCAGACGAUGCCCAAAGAAGUGCGGUACCAUCGCCCUGGUUACCGUCUGUGUGGUGCUGGUGGUGGCGCUGGUCAUCCUCGGGGUCAAGCUGGCCAAGAAACAUAAGAUGGCCGGAAAACAUGGUUGCAGAGACCGUGGAGAGGAAGGACACAUGGGGGAUGAUGACUGCGAAGAGAUGGAGGACAUCGAUGAGAUGGGCGACGAGGGACCGCAGUCGGAUGAGCAGGACGGAGAUCGCGUCAAUAGUCGCUGGUGUAUUGACAAAACCUGCCCUUGAAUCGUUACCUCCCUUAAAAUGGUGGUAUUGUUUUUGAUGUGUCUGUGUUUUUAUGUUUGUCCUUCCAGAUACUUGUGGCCAGCAUAACUUAACAACAUCUGGCUGGAUUGUAAUAAUGAUUGGUAUGUGGGAGGGUAUGGGGAAGAUGAAUAUUAAAGUCGAUUAUUAGCCUCCUUGCGGUUGUCCUAGUUGCUGCAGCAGUACCUCAAAUUUUGUAAUUUUCGUUCAGGACAAGCUAUGGUUUUGAUUUUUGGGUGGCAGUCAGCAUUUGACGUCCAAUUGAUUUUGCUCUAAAAAGCUUAGAAGAGUUGUUUUGUGUAUAUAAAACUGAUUUGUAGACUUUUCGGAUCAAUGCACGAGUGAAAACAUGAUGUUAACAUUUCUAUGGUAUCUAUAUCGAGAGUGACUUAAUAUUUCGUACAUUAAUCAUACAUUACAUAUAUGUGAGUAUAUCUAUUUGGAGCAUUUUCACAUUAAAUCGUUCACCAAUGAUUUGAUUGUACGGCGUACGCUUAUAGAAUUACUGUAGAGAAAUGAGUUAUGCUAUAAUGUUUACAAAAAUAUCCCCACUAUCUUGUUUGUCUUGUUAGAAUAAAAUGUUUCGCAAGUACGUAGGUACGCAUGAGCAGCAAAAUGCAUCAUGUGUAAUAUCUCAAAAGUAAAGGCCCCUAACUUGUGAACAGUUUUUUGUCUCACCCGCUGUCUCGAUUUUCCUAACA